UAAUUCUUUAUUUAAUGUCGUUCGUGUAUGUUAGAUAAUUCAACCAUGUCUGUCUCUCUAUAUAAAUGACAUGAGAGACGCACGCAAAUGCCGCCUCAAGAGCUUUGCGUCUUCUCUGUUGCUCUAAUUGCCGUCAAAACAAACAGCUAAUCAAGAAUUGAAGAAGAAGUAAAGAAGAUGGUGGAUCUUCAAACAGUUUGUUCCAUGUGCGGUGAUGUGGGGUUCCCUGAUAAGCUCUUCCGUUGUUCCAAGUGCCACCACCGCUUUCAGCACUCGUAUUGUAGCAACUACUACAGCGAAUCAUCGGAGGCAAUACAAGUGUGUGAUUGGUGUCAAAGUGAGGGAAAAAGCUCGAGACAUGGGGGUUCCUCCAGGAAAUCCAUUGGAGUUAGCGAUUCAGGAUUAAUCAUAAGUAGAUCAGAAUAUUCAGGAGAUAAUAAAAUCAAGCAGAAUGAUAAUAAGGGGGAAGAAAGUGGUACUGCUGAAAGGGCAAAAAUUAAUAAUCCUAAUGGCACUGCUUCACCUAGGACAACUCGUAGGUACAAGCUUCUUAAGGAUGUCAUGUGUUAAAAACAUAAAAAGGGCAGUCUGCACAAAACAUCCGGCUUUAGCAGAUGAAUGAAGCGAAAUCUAGAGUCGAAAAAGUUUAUGAGAAAUGAGGCUUUGGUAAGUCAUGUUCAUAUUUCUUCCUGUGGAUAACUGUAAGUGUUUUGAUUUUCUAGUGUUUUUUUCUUCUUUUUCCUUUCCUUUUUGUCUGCCAAGAGUUUUUGGCCCUAUAUAUAUUAUGCUAAAUAAGUUGUAAAAACCAGUGGAACUCUUCCAUGUACAAAUCCGGAUGCUAGUUAGUAAGUAUGAGUUUAUUUUGCCUAUUAACUUUUCUUGAUUGGUUAA